UAUAUUUGUAUUUAUUGACAUUGACAGUGGAAAUGUAUUUCAAUAUAUUUUUGAUAAAAGAUUUUCAAUUUUGAAUAUAAUUUCCCUUUUUAUAAAGAUAAUUUAGAACCAAUAAUAUGAAAGGAUUGUGGGGAAUAAAAGUUGGUGUUUUUUAAUUUUGCUUCAUAGUAGGUUAAUUAAGUUCGCGUCUAACGCGAUGAAAAGAAGUAAUUCCUCGUUAGAUAGAAUAUUUAAGGUUUUAUGAGUAAAAUGAAUAAAAAUUGGAAAUUUGAUUGAAAUUAUUUCGGUAAAACAAUUUAUAAAAAUAUAAAUCAACUAUAAAUUCAGUGUAUACAUAUGUAAGUGAGGGCGCGAUCGGUAUUUUCCUACGAUACGAGUCCAAAAUGUCAGACAUCGAUAAAUGGAUGGAACUUGCAAAAGAAUGCAAAUAUCUUCCCGAAAAUGAUCUUAAGAAACUUUGUGACUUGGUAUGUGACAUAUUAUUAGAAGAAUCUAAUAUUCAACCAGUAUCUACACCGGUAACAGUGUGUGGAGAUAUUCAUGGUCAGUUUUACGAUUUAGAAGAAUUAUUCCGUAAUGGAGGCGCUGUGCCUGAGACAAAUUAUAUAUUUAUGGGAGAUUUUGUAGAUAGAGGGUAUUAUAGUGUAGAAACAUUUACCCGCCUACUCACACUUAAAGCUAAAUGGUCUGAUAGAAUAACAUUACUUCGUGGAAAUCAUGAAUCCAGACAAAUUACCCAUGUUUAUGGUUUUUAUGAUGAGUGUCAAAACAAAUAUGGCAAUGCUAAUGCAUGGAAAUACUGUUGUAAGGUGUUCGACUUACUCGCAGUUGCUGCCUUAAUUGAUGAUCAAGUACUUUGUGUGCAUGGUGGAUUAUCUCCAGCCAUUAGAACGUUAGAUCAAAUUAGGACAAUUGAAAGAAAUCGAGAAAUUCCACAUAAAGGUGCUUUUUGUGAUUUAGUUUGGUCCGAUCCAGAAGAUGUAGAAUCAUGGACUAUUAGUCCGCGUGGAGCAGGUUGGUUAUUUGGAAGUAAAGUAACAUAUGAAUUUAUGGAAAUCAACGAUCUUAAACUUAUUUGUAGAGCUCAUCAAUUGGUUCAUGAAGGUUAUAGAUAUAUGUUUAAUGAUAAACUUGUAACAGUAUGGUCAGCUCCAAAUUAUUGUUAUCGCUGUGGUAAUGUAGCUAGUAUUUUACAGUUCACAACUGUUGAUCAAAGAAAUCCAGUGCUAUUCCAGGCAGUGCCUGAUUCCGAAAGAGUAAUUCCACCUUUAAAUAUUACACCAUACUUUUUGUGAUCUAACCUAGUGCUCCAUUUGUUUGGAUGCAGGAAAGUGAUAUCUGUGUCUAGACGUUACGGAAUUACAUGACUGUUUCUUCACGUUGAUGGAUACAGGCUGGUACUUUGACGGAGCAUCAAAUUUCAAAAAUGUAUUAAACUAUGAUACAUUAUUUAGAAUUUUAAUUUAAAACAAAUUUUUUUUUUAUGUUUUUUAUAAAAGAACAUGUGUCAUUCGGAGAACAGAAUUAUCAUGUGAUUACCUAUUCAGGGAAUGUUCUUACACGUUUUUUAGGAAAUUUAUCCAUUUUUGUAUGUUAAGGAAUUAACUUUUAUAUAUGUAUAUAUACAUAUAUAAAAAUAUAUAUAUACGUACAUGCAUAUAUAUGUAUAUACAUGUAUAUAUAUAUAUAUGUAUAUGUCAAACGCCUGCCAUUGCAUCAGCCUGAUUCCCCUAGUUUGAAAAAUGUUUCGCAUUGAAAUAAAUGUGAACACUGUGGUCUAGACGCUUUUGCUGUCUACUGUGUACAUUCUGUGGAGCAUUCGCAUCUCAGAGCGAUAACGAUGAACAUGUAUUGUUCAAAAGGCUAAGAGCUUUUUAAAUAAGUUAUGAACGUAAACAACAAAUGGUUCAAUAACGAAUAAAUAAAUAAAUGAAAUAAACCAUUUAAAUAUUCCAAAAAUGGAAGAAUCUCUGAGUAUAGUGAAUGCUUAAUUGAUAUUAUGAUCGUUGUGCGUAGAAUUCAGGUUUAUUAAAGCGUGAGCAUAUAUACUACUGUUAAGGUCUUCCUGAGUAUGUAAUUGAUCUGUUUCUGGUUUAGAUACUGUGUGUGCUGCGUGCAAUUCUUUUUAUUCUAGAUGCGCAAUCAGUGUUCUUAGCAGCAUAAAGUCGGCGGUUCUGUCGAGGUACAAAUAGUAUGUAGCAGUAGCCAAAGUUUUCCUACCUAGGUAAGGAAAUUCAGUAGAAAAAUUGUAUUAUAUAAUAGAAGUUUUGUUAUUAUUAUUAUAAUUAUUAUUAUUAUAAUAUUUUUUUCUUUUUUUCGCACACGACAAUUUUUAUAUUUCACUCUCUUUUUUUUUUUCCCCUCUUAUGAGCUCAAAAUACAAAUUUGCGAAACUUAUUCUCAAAACUAUAGAAAAUUCUUUCCACAAUAAAUCGGCCUUUUUUUUUUUUAGCCAUGUUCUCUCUUUUAUGUGUACAGAGCAAUAGUUUGAAUAUCAUUAUAUUCUCUUGUAUUCUCUUGUACAGUUUCCAUAUUAUAUGCCAAAUCGCUGUCGUACUGAAUAAUUAUAAUAGCUAGAUUGUCAUAAGUUGUCAUUAAUGUAGGGAGCAACUUUUAAGAACCAAGACCCUUAGCAAUGUGCCUCUAAAUUAAUAAGCGUUUGUGUAAUAUAAUGAUACGAUAUUGAUACAUAAUUAAUGGAAACGCACCGGCCAUUGCGUAUCAUAAGCCUGAAUUCUGACCAUCGAUUUUUUGCUAGCUCAUGAUAUUCCUAACCGAUCACAGACCCGACAAAAUAUGGCAUUGGCAUUGGCACUGGCUGUCAAGUUGAAACUACUCUAUUUUGAGUUUUGUGAUAUAGUUCAAGCGGGGCAUGUGAAAAUUGCGUCGAUGUUUGUAACGAUUUUCCAUGUCGGAUCGUUUGAAGAUGUUUUGAAGAGACUUGUUAUUUCGAGGAAAAAAAAAAAAAAAGAAAAAAGGGGGAAAAAAAAAAAAUAGUCAACUUUUGAACAGUGCCUUCAGAACUAUAACACGACGGUCUACUAGAGGUAAAUAAUAAUUUCUAUAAUUGAACGGAUAAUCAUAGACGAACUAGGACGGAUCAUAUAAAUAACAGAGAGCUUAACAAGAGCGUGUAUAAGGGAUUUCUCUUCUCACUUUUUUAGAAAAUAUUAUUAACAAUUCUUUUUAUCAUAUUUCGAUCUUUAUUAUUAUUAUUAUUAAUCUCGUAAGAUAUUUUGGCGUCCAAUGAUUCGAUGAUUGCUUUACAUCUGAUGAUACUUUUUACAUUUUACAAUAUUAUCGAUUAUAAAAAGAAAAGGGAAAAAAAAAAAAAAAAAAAAAAAAAAUACGAGUUAUAUAUAUAUAAUAUAUUCAGAUUGUUACAACAUGCAAUAUGCAAUUAUACGAUUUUACAUUAAUCACUGCUUUAUCGAUAUAAUUACAUUGUCGAUAUUAUAUUAGAUAGAUCAUUACACAAGGCAAGACACGGAGUUUACGUUACAAACUCGACUUGUCGGUUUUGCAGCCUCUUAUUAUUAUCGUAAAACGGUGAUAAAAACGCGUGAGAAUGCCUACGUAGUACGGAUAUCCUAGAAAUCGUAAAAGUAUUAGCCUCUGUGUCUACUUAGGUAUUCACACAACACCCGAUCACCCAAUUGUGAAAUGCCUCUGUCUGUGAUCGCUUUAAUCUUAUCGAAGUGUCCAAGCGCUUGCGAUCGGUAAGUUCAUGGGAAUAAUAAAUAAAUAAAUAAUAACAAUGACAUUAAAUAACGAGACUAAUUUAGCUUAAUAAAUGUUCUCUGUGCAGGAGCUUGAACACUGCGCAUAAUUCUUAAAGAUCUCACAGGUAGACAACAUUUUAAACGAUCAUGUACCUUGAAAGUAUAGAUUUUGUUAUGUUAAUGUAAUGAAACGUCUGUAAUAAAAAUGCGCAAAAAUUGCAA